CAACACCUGGAUGGAGCCGUCGCCAUGAGGAGAAGCGUGCACUCAGCCUCUCCGGCUGCCCACGUCUCGUCCUCGACUCCUCCCCGUAUGUAGCCUCCGCCUCUCUGCUCACCCAGCAAUCGUCCGCCUUGCCUACCAAUCGCUUCGCUGCGCCCAUCAGUGCGCCUGUACGAUGAGUUGGCAGCCUCAUGCUCAACCACCUAUUGUCUCUUGUCCGUCCGACUGACUUUUGCCGCUAGCUGUGUCCCCAACCAUCACACACGUCUCGUCUCGAAGCCAUACCCCUUCACAUACAACUGCCCGCCAUGGCCCUCCUGUAGACGCCCCGCCCCGUCCCUCCAGUCCGCCCAGGUCGCCUUCGCCCCCGUCCUUGAACCCCCUUGAGCCAACUAUGGGAAGUCGACCUGGCGGAUCGCAAGACCAUAAUCCUAAUAAUGAGAGACCGCCGCCCGGCGCUCAGCGGCCUCAACUUCCCGCCUCCAUGUCUGCUCCUGCCGGCCGCCUUCCCCGUCUCCUCCCCGCAGACACUUCGCAGUACGCAGACGCUUACGUCCCCACUGCUGCUAUUCCCACUUCCUCCACCUCGCUCGCCGAGCUCGCCCACCUGAUCCGCCUGCAGAGCUACCAGGAGCAACGGAAGGCGCACGCUCGCGUCCGGCUGCACCGAUGGCUCGUCUCGAGCGCCUUGUCUGCGCGUUUGGUACACUGCGGAGAGCUGGCCCACCGUACCCUGGUUGACAAUUUCAGGUCGGAUGACAAGAGAAGCUUUGCUACCUUAUACAAUGCCUUUCACGACGUUCGGAACUCAUGCGAUGCUACCAGGCGCUAUGCGCUCCUCGAGCCGGACUUGGACUUUGGGAGGCCCAAAGGCCUCAAGCAUGACAAGAUGCACUCCUUUCCCACCUUCAUCAACGACAUCCCCACCAAGGUCGUUGAUGAUCUCUUGGCUUUUGUUUCCGAGAUUCGCACCAAACCCGAUUUCCUUGCCACUCGCAUUCUGAAUCUGUCCCAGCAAGAACUCGCUUCGUUGACUUCUUUUCGUCAAGCUUUGGAUCCCAUUGAUUCCGUCAUGGCCAUUCAGGCAAGGGGUAAGACGACAGCUGCUGCCCAGAAAUCAAACCAGGCCCAUGGUCCCAGCCCUGUAGAGCGCCUCCUGUCCUUCCAACGUCAUGAUCCUCUUUCCGCGCUUGUCUAUACCAUCUUUGCAAAUUCUUCCGGACCUGAUUCCGCAGAGGACCUCCGCCGGACGGACGUCUUUGCUACCACAUGCGCCAAGCUAAUCAUGGAACAGCCUCCCAAGCAGGGAAUGGAGAAGUUCAUCAAGACUGUUCUUGAUGUAUGGGCCGGAAUGAGAGAAUGGCCGGGAAAGUCGAAUCUGGAGUUGUAUCUGAUGCAGGUGUUGCAGGAUGGCCAGUUUUUGCUUGAAAAGGCCGAAGAGCGUCCUGGUUCACAACCGGUCCCGCGAAGUAACAAGGAUACCAUUGCAUCCGAAGAUUUCUUCGACAAGGCGGUGAAGCGCUUGUUUGAAGUGGUCGAUGAUGAGCCCAGCGCAGGCGGUAUCCCUGAGGGCGUCCUGGAAAUUGGAAACGCCAUUCUUCGCAAGUUGGACGAGUCCAGGAACCUUCGGAAAGGUGCCCAGAACUUCUUUGUAUCGCGUUGGCUGUUUUCGACUUUCCUUCUCAAUGCCAUUAUCCAUCCAGAGACUCACGGGAUUAUGAUUGGGUACCAUAUCAGUGAACAUGCUCGCCAGAAGAUUCUCAAGGAAAUUGCUAUUCGUGCUCAGAAGCAUGUUCUCGACAUGACGUACAAUUGGCGGCAGCAAGUGCCCAUUCUUCCGGAGAUCCGCACGCAUAUUGAGAACAUUCUGGCGAGGUUUAAGCAUACCAAGUCGAAUGCGAAACCCGUCCUGCUACCGGCAAAGGCCAUCACUUCUCCGCGGGAAACCGUAGAAGUGCAGCCCUUCAUCGUUGUGUGUCCGUCCGACCUGAUCACCUUGGUAAACGCGCUAUUCCCAGAACGUCGUCCACCGUCGAGCCAUAUGGACAAGGAAAUGCCCCGUCGAGCAGGACUUGUUUCUUCGGCAUCAUCCAUGUCUGGUGUCUCAAUGCCCUUCCGGACAGCUUCUACGUCCGCCGGCGAUGCAAGUUCUAUUCUCAGCGCCAGCGCCUCCUCAAUGACCAGCGAUACCACAUCCCGAGAACCCCUGCUAGAUCCGGUGCAACCCAUCACACUACCUCUACAGGAGCCCUACUCGGAGAAGAUAGCGCCUACUGAAGCGUACGGAAGAAGCCUGAGAAUGGCUUGCUCAGAGAUGACGCGCAUAUUGGGCGUUGAGGCUACAUCGGGAUCCUGUCACCCAUGCGCCGAACGCUGGGCUGUCCUCUACAUCUCUCCUGAUGGGAAGCAACUGAAGACACGCAUGCGCAAAGAUUCGGACGAUGAAGACGAGCGUGACGAGGAUUCCCCCGAGAGCGAAAGCAGUGACGAUGACGACGGACCUGCUGACAAGCUCGACCUGGAGACUGAUUAUCAUCAGCUGAAGGAAGCAAUUGCCAAGUUGGUCGAGGAAUACGAGAUACCCAAAGAACUCGCCCCAGAGAGCGAGUCCAAGAGCUUCAGCAACCGCACUUCGACUCACAGGCGCGAUGCUCGAGGUGGUCGUAUGGCGAGGCAAAGCAAUGAAGUCUUGGGUUCGAGGAACCCCUACAAUAAUCAGAGCCAGAGCCAAUUGACCUCCCUCAUUGCGAGUCAAAGGAGCAUACCCACUCGUCACCGAUCGCCUCAACACCCCAGGAGCAACAGCAACCCGCAGCCAGCCGACAAGCAGGAGAACAGCUCAGUUCUCGUCACGAUGCUUGAGGCGGCUAUGCAACAAUGUCAAGCGCGGUCCGACUUUGUCAACGCGCAUCUGUACUACAAAACCUUGCAGACUCUGAAAAGGCUGACGUCUCCGUCCCUUACAAAGAAUGGUUACGCCGCGUUGCUGAACUACUUCUCCCGUGGGCCGCGAGACUCUCUGGGCAAAUCCGCGAAUGCAAUCGAAGAAUUUGAGGCAUGGUUCGUGUGGCUGAAGCAGUCGCAGGAACGUCACGAUGCCGCCAUAGAAGACAUGAUUCAGUCUUUCAAAAAUCUACGGGAUAAGAUGUGGUACAUUACCGACGUGCGCAAUUCCGCAAACUACGAGGAAGCGAGGAAUGUUGCCAUCGCGCUCAAGCUUAUGGGCCAACCUCCAAAGAUGCUUGAUGGGAAGCCUGCCCAAGGCCAGCGGGUGAGGAAUUACUCAAAAUCGUCAUCGAAUAACUUCACGAUGAAGACGGAAGCCCAGAUGGUGGACAUCAUGGCAGCACCGCCUGAUUUCGGCGGGCCCAAUAAGCUUUCCGAUGAGCAGUCUGAGAUGACGAUGAAGUGGCUCAAUGACUAUGGCGUCGAGAACUUCUGCAAGGGCGAAGAGAGAAUCCACCGCUUCUGUUUAGAGAUUGACAAGUGCGUUAACAAGCUUGUCGGCGACGGCAUGAUGGAGAGUCCUGUGCUCUGGUCGAGCGAGCUCUAUCGACGGGAUAAGGAGAUCCUCGACAGUGGGCGGCAAAAAGGGGAUCUCUUCCUUACUGGAGUGGGUACUCUCUCGAUCGCCGGCGAUGAAGAAUAUGAGAUACAUGGCCGAUCGGGCUCUCGCGGUCUUGAUUUUGCGCAGCGACCGAGCCAUGGUAGCCUCAGAGCCAUGUCCAACAGGAAUGGUUCUCAACAGAGCGUCGACACGAACCCCUGGGCGCGGUCUGGAGCGGGUGACACGCAUGAUUAUCUCGGAGGGUCCAGCCCAGUAUUGUCGAUUGAUCCAACUGUGACUUUCUGGUCACCAUUCCAGACGCAAGCGCAAUCUCCAACGAGCGCAACCAGCAUCCGGCCCAGAACCGCUUCUUCCUCCAAGGGCACAGUCAUGCUUAAGCAGUCUGCGGCUGUCAAUGAAGACAAACGCAGGUUCUUAUUGGAUCUGAAACAAGCACUCACUGGUCUGCUGCUCAGCGAUCUGGGUACCCUAGUUUUUGGCUCCGGUAGUGAGACCGACGCCUGGUUCUCGGGUGACUUGGGCGAAGAUUGCAUUCAGCGGAGAGAAGAGGAAGACCGUCGCCGCAAGAAGCAGCUGGCGCGGAAGAAGAGCAUGAAGACGAUGCGCAACUCGACCCGGCAUGACCAUCGCAGUGGUCCUCUAGACACUCUCGGUCGCAAUGAGCGGAGUCAGGUCGCACCUCCUGUUGCGACAUUGCAGCAUGCCGCGGCGUCUGAUGCUCACCAAUCCGCAGGAGAGCACUCUUCGACGUCGAGCGAUGCUACCUCGCGCUCGUCAGGGAUGGCAGCGGCGAAGAAGGCGGGUCUGCUCGAGUUCCCUUACAAUGUCGCCUUCCGCCGCCUGCUGAACAGGUUCGCCACGCAUCCGAACCCCUUUUCGAAGCUGCACGCCUUGUAUGAGCUCGAGCUGCUCAUUGUCGCUUCGUUAUCUUCGCGUGCUGGCAAGCAGUACAGUAACCGCCGCGACACGCUGCCUGCUGUUCCGCAAUCACCCACGCUUGGGGCCAUACCUGAGCUUAGCUCACGCGAACCGGCAACGCAGACAGCACGGGCGAAGAACCUGGAAGAGGCCAUUGCAAACUGCGAGGAGCGAAGAUCCCAUACGCUGAGCCAGGAAAGAAUGAACUCCCCGCAGCCUCCCCGUAGUGGCGCCCGCUCUCCCGCCGGACCCCCAAGCACCGACAUGAUUGUCGAUGUCAUCCAGAGCCUCUUCCGCGACGCAGACAUCCGCCCCAAGACGCUGUUCCGAGACCUGCAAUACAUCGCCUCUUUCGUCCCCGCGCAAAUGCUCGACAAGACGGCCCGCGGCAAAGCGUUCUGGGACGUCAGUCUCGCGGCACUGGGGCUCAAGCAGGACGUCUGCCGCAUCAUGGUCGAAAUCGUGGAUGAUAUCGUAGCCCAGCACUCCAACCGCGACCCAGUCUUUCAACGCGCCGCUGGACGCCCUGUUCCUCGCCAGGGUAACGGCACCACUCCCACACCAGAGGACUCCAGCCCACCAGCACCCGCGCCAGGCCCCAACGCCAAGUACACCAUGGAAGACGCCGCGCGGAUGCUGCUCAUCACGGCCAAGGAAGGCGACGCGGUGGCCGAGCGCGAACUCGCCAUCUUCUACCUGACGAGCCCGGAGCUGGUGCAAAGGGCGAUUCUGCCGCUGACGAAGCCUCGCGAGGUGUUCAAGACGGAGCUGCUGAACCGGGAGAGGAGGGCGAACCAGGACCCGGCGAGGAGCGAUCCGAUGACCAUGUGCGUGGCACAGCAUUGGAUGGAGCAGAGCAAAAAGGGGGGCGAUGGGUUGGCGGGCAAGUAUUUGCGGAGUCGGGGGGAGAAUGAUUUGUAGGGAGGAUGGGGAGGAACAUGCGGGAGUUGGUUUUGCUGUAUACCCCUUGUUCGUUUUUUAUUUUUGGCUGGGGUGGAAGGACGUGGAGUGGAGUGUGGGUGGAUUGUUUGCAUAGCGAGGAGUCUGUUUCUUGUCAUGCUUUUUGGUUUCGUUAUCUAUUUUUCUUGUUCGAUCAAGACUUGCGCUUUUCAUGUCUUGCUUUGGAUCGGGAUUUUUGGGAUAUGGGAAUGGAUGGGUAUUUGGGUAUGGAUAGGGAUCGGGAUGGGGAUAUGUGUACACGAAUGACAGACAAACUAUAUACCUACCAGUAUUAUUUGAUGGCGCCUUUCCGCAUGC